AUGGCUGUUAAGUUGUCCAGAGGCAGCCAAGGGAAAGGCAUCGAGGACAAUGGCUGUCUGCCUGCAUCUCGUUGCCCUGACGUCUGCACGUGCUCAGACGGAGUGGUGCGAUGCAGUAACCGUGGGCUACACACUCUACCCAAAGGCAUUCCCAAGGACACCACUGAACUCUACCUUGAGGGCAACAUGCUGACCGCUGUACCCAAGGAACUGGCAGCCCUGAAACAACUCUCUCUGGUGGAUUUGAGCAACAACAGCAUCAGCACUGUGGCUCCGUUCACCUUCAACAACAUGACUCAACUAGCGACGCUCAUUCUGAGCUACAACCAGAUCCGUUGUAUCCCCAUCCACGCCUUUGACGGACUCAAGUCACUUCGCCUGCUGACUCUCCAUGGUAAUGACCUUUCAACUGUCCCAGAGGGAGCCUUCAACCAUCUCACGUCUCUAUCCCACCUAGCUCUCGGUGCCAACCCCCUGUACUGUAACUGUGACCUACGCUGGCUCUCUCAGUGGGUCAAGGCUGGUUUUAAAGAGCCUGGCAUUGCUCGUUGUACUGGACCUCCUGAUAUGGCUGACAGACUACUUCUCACCACACCACUCAACAGAUUCCAGUGUAAAGGUCCAGUGGAUAUCAGUCUGAUGUCAAAGUGCGCCCCCUGCCUGGCCUCCCCCUGCCACAACAACGGCACUUGUGUCCCUGACGUCACCGGAUCCUACCACUGCACCUGUCCAUUUGGAUUCAAGGGUCAGAACUGUGAGAUAGCCAUCAAUGCUUGUAUUAGUUUUCCAUGCUCAAACGGAGGAACCUGCCACAUACAGCCUGGCCACGAAGACCAGUUCAGCUGCAUGUGCCCACCAGGUUUCGAAGGCAAGCGGUGUGAAAUAAACCCAGAUGACUGCGAAGACAAUGACUGUGAGAACAAUUCCACCUGUGUUGAUGGUGUCAACAACUACACCUGCAUCUGUCCACCCAACUAUACAGGCGACCUCUGUGAGGAGGUUGUUGAUCCCUGUCUCCAUGGUUUCGACCCCUGCCAGCACGACUCCAAGUGCGUCCUCCUCGGCCGGAGUUACAGGUGUGAGUGUUUACCAGGCUACGUGGGCCAACACUGUGAGCAGGACUACAAUGACUGUCUGGAGAAUAAGUGUCAGCACGGAGCGCAGUGCGUGGAUGCAGUCAAUGGGUACACCUGUGUGUGCAAGGAGGGCUUCAGUGGGCUGUUCUGUGAGAACCCUCCACCAAUGAUCUUGCUGCAGACGAGCCCCUGCGACCAGUCAGAUUGCCAGAACGGUGCCCAGUGCCUGGUGGUUGGUGGGGAACCAAUCUGCCGCUGCCUGCCAGGUUUCUACGGCAACAAGUGUCACAAGUUGGCCACUGCUCACUUCCUGGGUCGCGAGGCAUAUGUGGAGCUACCUGGCGCUAAGCUCCGCCCCUCUGCUCACAUCUCAUUACAGGUGGCAACAGAUAAAGACAAUGGAAUUCUUUUAUAUAAGGAGGACCAUGAUCCCUUGGCGCUUGAAUUGUAUCAAGGACACAUACGACUCAUCUAUGACAUUGCCAAUUAUCCACCAACAACUGUCUAUAGCGUGGAGUCAGUGAACGAUGGUCUCUUCCACACGGUGGAGCUGUUAAUUCAGAACCAUUCCCUCAGCCUGGUGGUGGACAACGGUGCCCCCAAGAGUCUGGGCAAGCUAGCACGCCAACCCUCUGUCGAUCACAACACCCAGCUUUAUGUGGGGGGCGUGCCGUCCCAGGUAGUGGCAUCAGGUUUGCGUCCGGGUCCAGAGCGACUCCCCCAGGGGUUCAACGGUUGCAUCCACAACGUCCGGGUUAAUGGGGAGCCUCAAGACCUAGGCCACCGGGCGCCAGGGGGAGGAGGAAGCACAUUGCGAGGAGUGGAGAGCAAGCCUGAAGGCAUCUUGCCAGGGUGUCACUCCUGCAGUGUGUGUGCCCAGGGGGCAUGCAGGCAGGGAGGGGAGACGGGGGUGACAUGUGAAUGUCCUCCAGGACGCACCGGAGCCCUGUGUGACCAAAAAUCAUCACCUACUCCCUGCCAGUCCAGCAGAUGUGUCCAUGGUCUCUGUGUGCCUAAGGGACAGUCCUAUAGCUGUCAGUGUGCAGAGGGCUACCAGGGCCAAUACUGUGAUCGGCGACAGGAGCCCCCGGCCUGUAGAGGAAAGCACUGCGGACAUGGGGAUUGUCGCAUCUCUGAGGGAGGAGAACCAGUCUGCCACUGUCAGCCAGGCUACACCGGGCCUGCCUGUGAUACUGAGCUGAACUGCCAUGGGGAGGUGGUGAGGGAGCAGCUGAAGCGCCACCACCCCAUGAGGACGUGCACCUCCACCAGCAAGAUUCCUCGCGUGGAGUGCCAGCGCUCCUGCCAGGCCGCUGCAACCCCCAGCAUCUGCUGCGGUGCCACCAAGAGCCGGCGAAGGAAGGUGGUCUUCCGCUGCACCGACGGCACCUCGUACUCUGAGGAAAUAGAGACCACCCUGGAGUGCGGCUGCACCAAGUGCCCGUUGUAAUGGCCACCAUUUCCCUCGUUCAUUUGUUUGUAUUACGACACCCGCCAUUUUGUGAGUUUUAAACAUUGGUGACCACCACUGUUUUGAGGUUCCUUCUUGCCGAUGAACGCCAUUCUUCUCAACGUUCUCACAUUUUUUUUACACGUUGAUUUUGACCAUCACCAUGUUGCUGCCAUGACAAACCGCAAACAAAAUCCGAAAAAGGGACCUGUGUGUGUGUUUUUUAACAGAGAGAAAAUAUAUUGUAAGAUAUAAGUAAGAAAAAACAUAGAACUUAUUUUUAUUAUGGGAUUUUUUCUGAAAGAUGAUAAAAGGACUGAUGACUCUGUUCAGUUUUUUUUUAAUAUGUUGAUUAUGUAAUGUGUUACAUAUGGAAAGUUAUUUUGUAUCUCGUAAGAAGAAAAAUACACAACAAAAUAGAUUAACAUUCCUAAAAAGUAUAUGAAUUUAUAUGUAUAAAUCUAUAUAAAUACGUACCCUAACCCAAUGAAUUUUAUAUGUGCUAGGUGUAUUUGCAUGAUGUUUAUACUGUAGGAGUGUUGAUGAGAGGGAGGCUGUGGACACUAAGCAUGAUGGGGUUUCUUUGCAAAAUGGCUGCCACGUCAUUUCAAAAUGGCCACCAAGAAGGAACCAGUGCAUCAAGCUCCCUAGAUAGAAGAAAAAGGGAAAUGGUGACAGUCUUUUUCAGCCUCAUUUCUGGGGCUAGGAAAGGAACUGUAUGUGCCUUGCUAACCUGUAUAACAUAAUGGACAUCAUCCUCACACUCGAGAUCUCUGAGAAAAAAUAUGGACUCUCCACAGACAUGAAUUAACAGUUUCUCCUAAUAGGCCAUAGGAAGCCUUUCACCCUUCGCCAUUGCUUUUUCUUUAGUUUGCAGUUACACACCCUUAUUGUUCGAAAUGAUUUUUAAUUUGAAAUUUUGAACCAUUGUUACUAAGGAUAACUUUAAGAGGUUAAGGGUAUUUCCAUUCAACUCUUGGUGAUUGAAAUCAAAAAUGCUCAAGGAAAACUUUUCUGGAUCUCAUGCUGAAUCACUGUUCUUUGGUCAUCAUAGUUAGAAUUGGAUUUCAAAAUGAUUACCAAAUAGCUCAUUUGCAUUGAUAAUGGGUAUUGGUCUUCAAAUCAAAGUGCCUUGUUAUCCUUCUUUUGAAAUUCAAUGUAGUUGAAUGAAGAGAUGAACAGCCGGUGCUUGCAGGGUCACUGUUUGGUAAGGUUGUGACAGAAAUAAGGAUUUCCUUAGUGCAUAAGGCAGAAUCACUUCAGUGGUAGCUGCUUUACCCUUUCUCAUCAUUCUGAGGUUAACAUACUAACCAGAGAAAAAGCUAUUCCUGCAAAACAAAGAAGUCAAUUCCCAUGGCAGUGCAAGCCAUUACAGCCAUCUGAAGCACUUCAAGGAAGAUGACUGUGUUAAGUGAUGAGGAUCCUAUCAUAGCAAUUCCUCUCUUCCAUUUCUGUGGGUAUGUCUCGGCAAACAUUUUCAACAAAAAAAAAAUCAGGGCAAUUGUCUCAAUUUCAUAUUGGUCCAUGGUCAUUUCUACAUUCCAAGGGUGCAAAUGCAAGAAUAUAUAUUUAAGCCGCCUCCAUGCUUUCCUCUUUGCACAGGGUUGGGGUUUCUGCCACUGCCAUUUUACAGUAUAUAAAGUUUAUAUGAUACAGGAUAUACUCUACAUGUCUUUAUAUAGCCUCAUGUGGAAUGUGAACUUACAAACACCUCAGUUCCUCACUGUGUGUUUCCCGCCCCCACUAUUACUUUGUGACACAUUCAGUCUUAUCUACUAAGUGUAUAGCUGUGGUCUAAUUCAAUGCAUUUCCACAGGGUUGAACAUAAUGGGGGUGUGAAAACGACUGACUCUGAUUCUCCCAUUAAACGACCAUAUCUAUCAUUCCACCCAACCUCGCUUCACAGCACACUCCAGCUCUGCAACUGAGCAGAUGAUUGACGUUUUGAAUUCAAACAGUGGUUUUGCAGGGUGGGGCGCUGUUCAGACAAGGUGACCUGGAAAAGUUAAAGAUUUAAAAAGUUAGCACUUCAGUUUGAUACUAAUCAGGCUCCUCGUUACUGAAUGUGUGCUUAUCAGCUACGCCAGAGCAGCAGCUUCUAUCUACAACAGCUGAAUUAGUCGGAUCCGGACCGGGGUACUGCAAACCCGUCUGCCCCAGAAAGCAUUGCUGAAUCUUUACAGUUCUUAACCGUCCAUAGACGACUAACACUAUUAAAGACAUAGACAGAAAGACAAUAAUGUAACUACUGCUGUAUUGUUGAAAAAUAAACACAUGUUGCUUUAUUUACUACAGGUUGCCAGAUAUUGUCACACAUGUAGUCAAUAUACAGUCAUCCAUUGUUGGUUUUGGUGGGUUU